GGCACAAACAAGAUGGCGGCGUCCGGGAACCAACUCGCGUCAAAUAAUUCAAACAAUCAUAUUCAUAAAACAGUACUCACGAUUAUGUCCGUUCCAGCGUUUAUGGUUAUUGCCACGAAAGAUCGUCUACUUGCUGCAUAUGAAUUACCUCGUCCACGUCGUAGCACUACACAUUCACCUUUUGCUCAUCACGCCUCCAUAAACACGCUAGAUCGUCUUUACCAUGGGUAUUCGCCUCACUUAUACAUGGCACUUAAGCAUCUAAACGGGAAUAAACACCAAAGCGCCAAUCAGUACUACCAAAAACAACUUCCCAGGCAUCAGCUCAACACUAAGUUACAUUGUUCUUUGCAUAUGACAAUUUCUCAUUUACUGUAGCAUAUACAUUUAUUAAAGGCCAGUUAUCACGGAGGAGACGGGGAUAAUUGUUCGCUUACGGUAUGAACAAGCGCGUCAAUAGCCGGACGAGCCAGCGGAUUCGUUAGGCAGGCAUUUAACGAAAAACGACGCGAUGUUUCCCCGAGCUGUCUCCACCCUUUCUCAUCUGGCUAGUUUUUGUUUUAAUCCGUUACGUUCAUCUCUUUCUCCGACGAUACAUACCAACACUUGUCUUUUAACUUUUACUAUCUGUUAUAUACAUCGGCCAAAAAAAAGAACUACUACUACUACUACAAAUACUAAAAGCGAGCAUAGUGACAAAGUAGUAGCAAGAAUGACUUCCCAUGCUCUGAAUGGCCCAGAGACUGGGGAAGUAUUGGUAGCUGGCCUCUUCUAUGGCAGUUUGCCGGGUCUUUUCGGAUCGUAGCCUCUUCUUUCUUCGGGCGCAAUGCCCGCUGAAACUUGCAUUUAAGCUCGAGAUUUUCUAAGUCGCAAACCAAAAAAUAAAGUGCAAAGGUGAAAUAAAAACAUAAAUCGCGGAAGCUGAUCCAUAACCGCGGAAGUAUAUAUGGAUGAACAACGAUCAUAUAGCGAUCGCUGUCCGUUCGCAUGUGCAUGCUGGAGCAAUAUUAACGUUCGUUUCGAAAACCACUCGCGAUCACGACCGCGAAACUCAAAAAAUUGACGGGCAAAGCCAGAGACGAUGACAUGUCGAUUAUUUGAAUGAAAUUCCCUGAAACAAGUUGUUCACUCGAAAACGUAUCUACCCGACCAGAGGUCCAUCUCCACGGUUCUCACAAAUAACACCCGGGCGCAAAAGCUUACACUAGAGAGAACGUCCCGGGACGCCUCCAACACCCGAGCUUAACACACAACAUGCACACUCCAAUUUACGUACCAUUUUCCUGAAAUCGACUGACGAAGGCUAGUGACCAUUGCGCAAAUCGUGAUAAAACACGUCUAAAGAAAUUAUAUCGUUAAAAUAAAUAUAAGUAAACUUGAAAUUAUAAUUGUGUGACGGCACUCGACAGUAAGCUUUCCAACGGUUUCUGUCCCGUGGCUCGCUACACAAAGACCCUAUUCCUGCGGACAAGAUGAUUGCCAGAUGCCGAUACAUUCUUACCGAAUUUUCUCAACUAGCCUAAGGACCCGCUAUAAAUCUUAGGAUUUAUUUUAACUAAGGUCCUUCAAAGGGACAAAUAGACUUUGUCUUAUCAGUCUCUAAGUCUACUAUCUACUACAAUCUGCUUUCUCUCACGUACGACGCUUCCCGCUAGCAACUUCCUAUCAAGGGCAGUUAGCAUCCUUGUCCAACGACCAACACAAAAAUUAGCCAAUAAACAACGACGUACAUUUCUCUCACUUUCCGAACCAAAGCUUUCCUCAACGAAUUCGAGGACCUCGCAUCCUUAGACACACCCCAUCACAGUUUUCCUUGGCAGCAUCAUCGUGAUGGAAAAGCUGUCUUUACCUACAGUCGUUACUCUUCAGUCCUUACAUACAGUCGACACACAACGGUCGUCACAGUCACACGGUCCGAGGCAAUCAACAAUACAAGUUUUCGGCAUCUCGCGCAAUCAUUGCCGAACUCCCGUCGCAUCAAAACACACCGACCAGUAGUCGAACUGUUAACCGCGAAUCGCGCACAGUUAAUAGUAGCCGCGAGUUCUGCACAUUAGUGAACACCCAGAAUAUAUUGUGAAUAAAUAUUUAUUGUUGAAUAUAUUUGAGUGUUCCUUCAAGACCUAUCACGACUUAAUCACCUCAAUUGUAAUUUAUGGCAAUAUUAACAGCGUGGUUAUACUUAAUCGUGUACUGAUAUUACUACGAAUUGCGACUGUAGUGAUACAUAAGUUGAAGUAAUAUAUGUCUCCACAUUUCUAAUAUUUUAAGUUGUAGCAAAUGAGAAAAACGAUGCAAUUCCACAGGCUAACCACACACACACACAAUGUAGAAAAUACGUCAUGCACGAUACACUAACACAUCGUCAUCGUUUUUGCAUUAAUUAUAGUCAUCGUGCCCAAUGUCUUUUUCCCAUUCAAGUAGCACUGGACUGGACGAAUGAGAUCCUAACAAUGGGUACGGAAAUGGUUAAAUCUGAAAAUCCUAAUCUAAAAACAUGAUUAGUUCGUCUGCUUUGUAUUUAACGGACUAACGUUCUUUGAUUUUACAUUUUAUUACUUCGUUUCAGAUUAUAAUAACUCUACUUUAUUAAUUUAAUAAAUUACUGAAAUUUUAAUAUUAUCAAAAAGGUAGCAUUAAUUGAAGAAAGACUAAGACUCUAAAUGUAUCACCAAGAUAGAAAUAAUCUCAGGCAAUCUCUUCGUCAAAGCACAUUUCCGAAAAUGCAGAAACAGUGUUCAAAAUUAUUGCUUUGAUACAAAAAUCUGCCUGCCGCGAACUUUCUUCUUGCACAUAAAAUUUCACACAUUCUUGUACGGAAAAAAUGAAUUUUAAUUCAUAUUUUAAAUUCUAUUUGUGUUACAAUAUCUGAAGUCAAAUAAGAGAAUGUGACUUAAUAUUGUCACAAAAUGUAUGUAUCGUAUAUUGCAUGUAUCGUCAUUAUCAUUAAGUGAAAAUUGCAUCUUUCACUCCAACGAAAUCGGAGGGAAACCGAUUUCUCCGUUAUAAAAUGCUCAAACGAAAUUGCUUCGAUAUCUCUUACUUAUACUAAAAUUCAUUGCUUAAGAUUAAGUAUAUUUAUGUCAUGCCUAUGUUUGCCUUCUGCAAAUAUUUAUACCGAAUACUAUUAUACAUAUUUGUAAGUACCACGAAUAUAUUCUCAAAUUUAUAUGUUCAAACUAAUUAUUAAAAAACUAUUAAUAAUAAUGAUUAUAAUCGCGAUGUGCAAGAAGACUUAUCCUGAACUGAUAAAUAAAGAUAUGAAAAAAAUGUUACUACUCACGGAUAUAAAAAAUACCCGCGGUCACUAUGCUCGCAAAAAAUUCUACAUAAUACAACCAAUCACCCGUGCCGAUUCGGACCUUUUAUCCUACAACAUGAUUGAGUGACCAGAGGAACAAAAACGCACGCCACUCACCAUUAGAAGCAAAGAAACGGAAAACGUUGCCAUCGGUACUGCACUAUCUCAACAAAUAUCAUUAGGAAGACUAACAUCAGGCAGGAACCGUUAAAAAUCCAAUGGUGGAAAUGGAGGCUGUAAAAAAUAUGUUACAAAACAAAACACGAUAAGUGAUCGCUGAUUAUUUGGAAAGUUGGAGAUUAUGAAAAAUGGGA